AUUCAUCCUUCCAUUUCCAUUUCCUACCCUCCACGCCACACACACUCCUUCUGUAUGUAAAUAGUAAAUAAAUUCCAAUUCCUUAAACAAAGUCAUCUUUUGCUUUUUCUUUUUCUCUCUGUUCUGCAAAAGUUUUUAGAUUUUGCAUAACAUGAAGCAAUCAUGUCUUCUUCUUCUUCUCUUCUUCAUCUCAUUCUUCCUCACAACCUCUGCUUGCUCCAAUGGCAAUUGCCAGAUGUUGGAACCAUGCUCUUUAGCCACUGAUUGUGCAGCUGGUUUGUAUUGUGGAAACUGCCCCCAAUUGGGAAAAAGUCAACCUUUCUGCAUUAGAGGUCAAACUAAUAUCCCUACUGCCAUUAUUAAUGGGUUGCCAUUUAAUAAGUACACGUGGCUUGUGACCCAUAAUGCCUUUUCAAUUGUGGAUGCUCCCCUCUUGACUGGUCCUCAAAGGAUCACAUUUUAUAAUCAAGAAGACUCUGUCACCAACCAAUUAAGGAAUGGAGUUAGAGGAUUAAUGUUGGAUAUGUAUGACUUUGAGAAUGAUAUCUGGCUCUGUCAUUCGUUUCGUGGCCAGUGUUACAACAUCACCGCCUUCCAACCUGCAAUUAACACAUUGAGGGAAGUGGAAGCAUUCUUGAGUUCCAAUCCAACUGAGAUUGUGACGAUUAUAAUCGAGGACUAUGUGCAUACACCUAAAGGGUUGACUAAAUUAUUCACCGAUGCUGGUUUGGACAAGUAUUGGUUUCCGGUUUCCAAGAUGCCUAAAAAGGGUGAGGAUUGGCCAACUGUGACCGAUAUGGCUCGAGAUAAUCAUAGGUUAUUGGUUUUCACUUCUGAUUCUUCAAAGGAAGCUACCGAAGGUAUUGCGUAUCAAUGGAGAUACAUGGUGGAAAAUGAACCCGGGGAUCCUGGAGUCAAACAAGGCUCGUGUUCGAAUAGAAAAGAAUCAAAGCCACUUGCUUCAAAAGCCGCAUCUCUUUUCCUUCAAAACUACUUCCCAACAAUACCUGUACAAGCCGAAGCUUGCAAAGAGAAUUCAGCUCCAUUGACGGAUAUGGUUGCCACCUGCUACAAGGCAGCCGGGAAUACCAUGCCCAACUUCUUAGCCGUCAAUUUUUACAUGAGAAGUGACGGAGGAGGUGUUUUCGAUGCUUUGGAUAGAAUGAAUGGCCAAACGUUAUGCGGGUGUGUUUCAGUCACUGCCUGUCAGGCCAGGGCACCAUCUGGAACUUGCAGAAACAAUGAGGUCCGUAAUUCCACUUCACCGACGAAUCCUACAAGAGGUUUUUCAGGAAAUGUGCAACUGACGGCAUCUGCUUCGCGUAUAAAUCUUACAAGUCUCCUGGUCACUUACGGAUUGUAUUUUUUCUUUAUAUUGUUGGUAUUUUAUUUAAAAUAGAUAUAUAUUUGAAGAUUACAUGCACCUUCAUUGAGGCUUGGUUAUUGUAUGUUAUAUAGUAAGUUAAAAUUCGAGUA